AUAAUAGAAUCCUCGCGCGGUAUUGGUGGGUGCCUGUGGGAAGUAGUGGACCGCGCGCUUCAGCCAGCUGCACUCGGUCUGAGCAUUAUUGCGGAACGCUCCGAGCUCGAACAACAACUACGUGAUGAUGUGGGAUCAUUCUUUACGGACUAUGGGACUACUACUUGUUUGGAGAGGGGAAUAAUCUGAAAAUCACUACCCGGAAAGUUAUUUUAAUGGAAAGAAAUGGCACGAGAGCAGUUGGACCCGUAAACCUCGAACUCAACGCUAGCCGUCAAAGGCCGACCAACCCAAACUACAACUCCCAUGUGGCCUAUGGCCCAUCAUCACCAACAUGGGAUAUGGGCACGUCCUCCACCGUCGCGGCAACAAGGAAGAACAGGUCUACCUCAAUGUGGGCGGCGUCCGACACGAGGUGGCUGAGGAGACACUGCUCCGCUUCCCCAACACGCGCCUGGGCCGCCUGCUGUGCUGCCAGAGCGAGGAGGCCAUUCUGGAGCUCUGCGACGACUACAGCCCCGCGGAGCGCGAGUACUACUUCGACCGCAACCCCCACAUAUUCAUCAGCGUGAUAAACUUCUACCGCACCGGACGCAUACACAUGAUGGAGGAGGUGUGCGUCUUCUCCUUCAGCCAGGAGAUUGAGUACUGGGGCAUCCAUGACCUCCACUUCGGCGAGUGCUGCAGCCACUGGUUCCAGGAGCGCAAGGAGUACAUAGAGGACCGGGACUGGGACAUCCAAAGUGACGAGGUGCAGCCUCCCAGCAUGGACUCAUCCUUCGAGGAGCUGUCGGCCCUGGACAAGGACCUGGAGAAGUUCAAGGGGGCUUGGUGUGCCAAGGUGCGGAGCUACGUGUGGAUAAGACUGGAGGACCCUGGUCACUCGCUUUCGUCCAAGAUCAUUGCUGUGGCCUCUCUGAGUGUGGUGCUUACCUCCAUUGUGGCCAUGUGCGUCCAUAGCAUGCCAGAGUUCCAGGUCGUGGAUGAGAACGAGAGGCCCAUUGAGGACCCUGUGCUGGCCAUCCUGGAGGUGGUCUGCAUCGUCUGCUUCUCAGCGGAGUUCAUCAUCCGUUUGGUCGUCGCUCCCUCACCCAGGAAGUUCCUCAGCAACACCCUGAACAUCAUUGACGUAGCCUCAAUCUUGCCCUUCUACAUCACGCUGGCCUUUGAGACGGUAGACGAGGAGAGCGUGGAGGAGAACGAGAAUCUGGAGAAUGUGGGCAAGGUGGUGCAGGUCCUCCGGCUGAUGCGCGUCUUCCGGAUCCUCAAACUGGCGCGCCACUCGAUCGGUCUGCGCGCACUUGGCGCCACGGUCCGACACAGCUACCAUGAGGUGGGCCUGCUGCUCCUCUUCUUGUCCGUGGGCAUCUCCAUCUUCUCCGUGCUCAUCUACUCGGCCGAAAAGGAGGAGGAGGACACCGACCUUGGUACCAUCCCUAUGGGCUGGUGGUGGGCCACAAUCACCAUGACCACGGUGGGCUACGGUGACACCUGCCCGGUGACGCUGCUUGGCAAGCUUGUGGCCACGCUCUGCAUUAUCUGUGGCCUGCUGGUGGUCGCUCUGCCCAUCACCAUCAUCUUCAACAAGUUUUCUAAGUACUACCAGAGGAACAAAGCCAUAGAGGAGGGUUUGUGUCUGAAGCAGCUGGUGUCAGAGAGACACGACGUGGACCUCCCCUACCAUAACAUCAGGGAUCUCUACGCCCAGACUGUGGGUGCGUACCCCUUCAUGGGCGGCAUGGCCUUCAGGAACAGUGUGAGUAGUGGUGGGGAUGAUACAGAUGCCUCCAGCCUACAGGAAAUAGAGGUGUUCAACGAUCUGGACAACAAGGCGGAGAAAUGAAGCUCAAGGCUCUGGCUGCCCUGUUUGCAAAGCUCAGCACAUCUCAAAGGAGUACUUUGUGAUUCUCAGGGCGAAGCUCUUCAUCGUUAACUCCUAAUCUGUCUUCCUUAUGUGGCUGACUCAAGACUGUGACAUCACUGUGACCAUGGGAUCUCUCUAUUUUGAGAGACCUAGAAAUAUAUUACUGUAAUGAAAGGGCACAGAGGUAGUAUCUCGGAUUCCACUUAAAAAGGUUUGAACUUCAUUCAUCUGUCGCCUAUGACAUUGCAACGAUGCAUGUCUAUGUGAAAGGAAUUUGCAUUAUAUUGUACCAAUUUGUCAACUCAAAAGUAAUGGUUUACUUUUGAUUUGAUGAACUAAGUUUGUUUGGAUUCGGACUAGAUUGAUGUUUUAAACUCCGCAUGAACAAAAAAAAAGAGAAGGUAGUGGAACAUUGCUUUGGGUGUGCCCUCCCUGUAGAUGAAGGGACACAAAUGACCUCUCUCCCAAAACCUCUACUGCUGUGCGUACUUAUAUAGAGGCCCCUUGAUUAGAAUGUCAUUGAGACAUUGUCUUAGCAUGUGUUGGCAUGCAAGCUCCGUGGACUAGGCCGUAUGGACGUGUUAAAUAAAGUCUUGCCUGUAAAAGCCAAUGAGUAACUUAUUAUGGCGAUAUUGAUCAGAGUAUCUGCUUUAUUUAUUUUUUUGAGCGAUUAAGUGAUUCGCCUGGAAUCAAUGAAAUGACUUUGAAGUGAGGCUUACAUUUGGUUUUACGUCAGACAAACUGACAGUGAUAACGUCGGAAUAAAAACUGUAAAAUGAAAA